CGCUGUGCGACUGCCUGCGAGGGUUCUAGUAUGAGCCCCAAGGCACAACGGAACGAGCAUGUUCCGUAACCUGAUCGGUGAGCGCCUACCAUCAUAUAUAUAUAUAUAUAUAUCAGCCAAGGUUGACUUGAUGCGGAUAUUUGCAACCCUGGUAAGAUCUUAUUUCGUAGCCGCACCUGUUUGGAGUUACGGGUUAUGGUUAGGUAUUAGAAAUUAGGGAUUAGGUUUAUGGGUUAGGUUUAGAGGUUAUGGUUAGGGGUUAGAGUUAGGGUUAGCGUUGCACCCCCUAUUACCACCGGCCCCGUAUGACUUGCGGCUGGGGCUUGUCUACUGCAGGUGCGGCUACGCAACCCUGCCUCUUAUUUCGUUCACUACUCGUCCGCCUCCGGAACCUUUGAACACAUAACUGCCCUCACCAACAUUUUCUUUUCUUUUGGACUUCUGAUAUUACUAACUGCUCGAAGUGUUUGAUUCCAUCUUUGGAUAUUUUGUUCACAGUCCCUGCCCUCUUGGCCAUUAUACCCAUUUUGAACGACUGACUGGGGAACUUGUGUUCGCUUUUGCCUAAUUCUCUUCAGGCCAAUGCAUUAUGUGGGAACAGGGUCGGGUGAAACAUGCGAGUGAUAAGAGAAUUUGGUUUAAGUUCAUCAGUUCACACAUGUGAGGAUGUAGGAAUAUGGGAAUCGGGUAAUAAGGAGCAGUGAGGGUUGGGAAGAGCCCGCCCAGGGGGACUAGGGGGGGGGCGGAGAAUGACCUUCGGCCAUGGUAAGCGCAGCGCUCAUACGAGGUUCUGUGCGCACAAGACUGUCUUGCGCAAACUGAGGGCAGCCGCCUCUGCUGUUGCUUGGGCUAUUUCGGUGGGACCCUAUGAAUUACACGGCUUCUCCUAACCCUCACCGUCUCUUUUUAUCCCUCCGCCCCCUCCCCUGUAUUCCCACACACCCCGCGUGUGUGAAAGGACGAACUUUAGCCAAAUUCCCUUAUCACUCGCAUGUUCUAUCUGACCCUGUUCCCACACAAAUAUGCCUGCCUGGUGAUAAUAUAUAUCAAAAAGGAAAGGUUUUCUCACCAACUAGCCUUCUUAACCUUCCCCUAAGAGUGUUUACAACUCUAAAAUUUCCCACUUUAGUCAACAGCGCUUGCACAUAUCCCACCAUCUAGCGAUCCACAGGAAACUUCGAUCCUCUGUUUUCAGUUCUUUUUCACUGCUCUCCUACACCGCGCUCUUAUUUUCAAAGCGUCUUCCCUCUGAGCCUAAAACAGUCGUUUUCUUACCUCGACAUCGCAGUCUGCCGGAGAGCACGUUUCCCUGGUUGUGGCUCGGGUGAUCAGGCCACAGACACCGGACAUCAUUCGGACGGCCAGUGGUGACAUCGUCAUCGACUACGGCGCCGACUGUACCGCCACCACGGCCGGCUCCGGCCAUCCAGCCCUAGUUCCGCCCGCAGUUGGUCCCGCAGCUCUCGGCCUGGGCACGAUAAGUCCGCCCAGCCUCAAGUCCCCCUCGACCCGGCUCUGUCGGGAGCAGGCAAGUUGCGUCUUCCUCUGCCUUCUUGCGUCCACCUCAUCAGCUGAUGCCCCCUCUCGGUGCGUCGUAUCAUCUCAUUUACGCUAA